AGAGUUGGUCCUCUCAUUCUUUUAUUUUCUCACUUUGGAGAGAAACAUAGGUAAAACAUAUUUCAUUUUCCUCUUCACCGUGUUGAAUACAAGACCACUGACAUUUGUUCAAGGCUGCAGUCCAGCUUCCCAGAACCAGCGCCUAGCACCUAGCACCCAGCAAGUGCUCAGUAAAUAUCAGUUGACAAAGUGAGUCCGCAGAAUGGCCUGGACAGUGGGGAGUGGCAGGAGCAGGGUGAAUCCUGCCCAAGAGGAUAGCAGGCAUUCAGCUCCAGCCACCUAUUUCCAGAUCCCUAGAAGCUAGACUUUCAAAUCUCAACUUUUCAGUGGUGGCAACUAGUUCACAAAGCUUAAGGCCCUCCUGCAGGCUAGUCUGUACCUAUUGCUCUGCCAAGGGCGCCCACGCUGGGCCAGCACCGCAGCACACCUGCUCACCCCUGCUGCUGCGCAUCUUCAGGGAGAGGGGCAGCGAGGCCUAGGGGACUGUGUGCCUCCAGUUGCUCCCGAUGACUCAGACACUGGGGCCUGUGGUUCCUCUGCAGGAGGGUGAUGCUCUGGGCGCCAUGGAGAAGCUGUGCCGGCAACUGACCUACCACCUCAGCCCCCACUCCCAGUGGAGGCGGCACCGCGGGCUGGUGAAGAGGAAGCCACAGGCCUGCCUCAAGGCUGUACUGACUGGGAACCCUCCAGACAACACCGUGGACCUCUCAGGCAUCCCACUGACUUCCCGUGACCUUGAGCGAGUGACCAGCUACCUGCAGCGCUGUGGGGAGCAGGUGGACAGCGUGGAGUUGGGCUUCACAGGCCUCACGGACGACAUGGUCCUGCAGCUCCUACCGGCUCUCAGCACCCUGCCCCGCCUCACCACACUAGCCCUCAAUGGCAACAGGC